AUGGAACAGGCAAAAGCUCUCAAUGCCCUCGAGCCCUUCUUGGCACUCACCAAGUCGGCCACCUCCCCGCGCGCUGCCGCCGACCUCAUCUCCCGCGCGACUUCGGCCCCGAAUACAUACAUCUUCACCGAGUUGUUACAGACUCCUCAGAUCCAAGCUCUUGCUUCGAAUCCAGAGCUUGCCCCAUACCUCACACUCCGCCAGAGCUGGAGUUAUGGCACCUACGAAACGUACAAGUCCACCGCAGGCUUCCCGAGUUGA